AUGUCUGGCGCUUCUACCGUUCACGUUUCCGGCAUCUCGCACUCGACCUCCGAGAAGGAGGUCCGCGACUUCUUCAGCUUCUGCGGCAAGAUCACCAACCUGUCCAUCACCCCCGUCUCGUCCGAGGCCGAUGCCCCCCAGUCCGCCAGUGUGACUUUCGAGAAGGAGGCAGCUGCUAAGACUGCCCUGCUUCUCGACCAAACUCAAUUGGGCACCUCGUCCGUGCACGUCGAGGCCGCGCAGAGCAUCGACACUCUUGCUGGCGCAUCAGCCACCAGCGCAUCCACCGAGAAGGAAGAUGAGCACGACAUUGCGCAGGAGGACAAGCCGCGCUCUCGCAUUUUCGCCGAGUACCUGGCGCACGGAUACGUCGUGAGCGACGGCGCGAUCCAAAAGGCCAUCGCCCUGGACCAGAAGCACGGCUUCUCCACCAAGUUCACUUCUGCCCUGUCCAACUUUGACAAGAAGUACAAUGCUACUGAGCGCGCCCGCGGCAUCGACAAUAGCUACAAGAUCUCCGAUAAGGCUGCUACCGGCUGGCGCGGUCUGCACUCGUACUUCGAGAAGGCCCUCGAGCACCCCUCCGGCCAGAAGCUGCGUGACUUCUACGUUCAGACUGAUAAGCAGGUGCGCGAUAUUCACAACGAGGCUCGUCGUCUGGCCGAUUUGAAGCAGGGUAAGGGUGGUGAGACUGAGGGUGUUGCCCCCGUUGCCAGUGAGGCUGCUGGUGUCGCCCCCGCGACUGCCCCUGUCUCUGAGCCGGCUGGUACUGCUGCCCCCGCUGAGCCUAAGGCUUAG